UCCUGUUUGGAGGCGGUUCUAGUUCUGUAAACAAUUUAAACAACGUGAUGUGAACCGACCCUAUACUGCAGAUCAGCAGAGGACCAGGCAUACAUACAGACAGAAGGACAUGAUGGCUGCAGACUCAGCAGUGUCUAAUAGAGGAGAGAACAUCCUUGCUGAGAGCGACGAUUAUAUUCUCAGUCCUGAUGACCUGUCAGAAGUGUUGACGGCUGGAACCAAGGAGUCUCACGACAAAGCAGAGAACUCGCCAUUUGUCAAGGACUUCCUGAGGGGACGAAUCAAACGAGAGCUAUUUAAGCUUGGCACAGCUGCCCUGUACUAUGUUUAUUCUGCCAUUGAGGAAGAGAUCGAGAAGAACAAGAACCACCCCAUGUUUGCCCCAUUAUACUUCCCCUCUGAGCUUCACAGACGAGAUGCCUUGGCCAAAGACCUGGAGUAUCUCUACGGUGAAGACUGGGAGAGCAAGAUCUCCUGCUCUGCAGCCACGCAGCCCUACGUGGACCGCAUUCACGAGGUGGGUCGUGACGACCCGGUUCUUUUGGUCGCGCAUGCUUGGACCCGCUACAUGGGUGACCUGUCAGGAGGGCAGAUUCUAAAGAAAGUGGCUCAGCGGGCCCUGAAACUGCCCCCUACUGGUGAGGGACUGAACUGCUACCAUUUUGAGGGCAUCCACAACCCCACGGCCUUCAAGAGGCUGUACCGCAGUAGGAUGAAUGAGCUGGAAGUGGAUACUGAGACCAAAAAGAAGCUGCUAGACGAAGCCAACCUGGCUUUUAAAUAUAAUUUAGAAGUAUUCACAGAGCUGCAGAAGAUUGGGAAAGGCAUAAAAGAGGACACUGGCUUUCAUGCUCAUGGGGAUAUGGGUGGAGACAUCAGUAAAUGCCCCUACUAUGCAGCUAAAAUGGCAGUGAGCGGAAACACGACCUAUGCAUGUAAUUUUGCCAAGAUGCUGCUUUGUCAGUCCACAGUACAGGUGAUUCUGGCCACAUGGGUCGCUGCUGUCGCUGGAUUGGCUGCUUGGUACCUCAUGUGAUCACCUUAACCCGAGUCAGCCAAUAAGAAAUGAAAAUAGGAACAGCUGGGCUUCAAAGUGGAAAUCUUUCACUCACUGGGUCACUUUGUGAAAAUGUUGCUGCCGAU